AUGUUCUCACUCAAGAAUUUACUUUAUUUCCAAGCUGGGCUUGGAGUCCUAGCCAAUAUGAUUCUUCUUUGUUUCUAUAUUUUCAUCAUCCUAGGUCACAGACCUCCUAAGCCCACGGACCUGAUCUCCUGUCAACUGACCUUUGUUCACAUCAUGAUGCUCCUCACUGGAGGGGAUAUUUGGAUUACAGACUUAUUUGAGACACUGAGCAUUGAUAAUGACUUCAAGUGUAAGGUAACAUUUUAUAUAAGUAGGUUAAUGAGAAGCCUCUCUAUCCGCAUCACCUGCCUCCUGAGUGUGUUCCAGGCUGUCACUAUCAGUGUCAGCACCUCUUUGUUGGCAAAAUUUAAACAAAAUUUUAAAAAAUACAUGAUAUAUGCUUUCUUAUGUAUGUGGUCUUUCAAUUUGUCCUUCUAUAGUAACCAGAUCUUCUAUGUUGUUGCUUAUACUAACAUGAGUGAGGCCAACCAGAUGAAGGUCACUAAAUACUGUUCACUCUUACCCAUGAAAUAUACCAUCAGAGGAUUGAUUUUAAUGGUGGAAAUUUCCAGAGAUGUGUUUCUUGUAGGAAUCAUGAUAACCACAAGUAUAUGCAUAGUGAUUAUCUUGUUCAGAUAUCAAAGGCAAUGCAAGCACCUUCAUGGGAUCACUCACCUGAGAGCGUCCCCUGAGAAAAGGGCCACUCGGACCAUCUUGCUGCUGGUGGGUUAUUUUUUUUUUUUUUUUUUUGUGGUCAUGUACUGGGUAGAGUUCAUCAUGUCAAUGACUUCCAUCCUCUUAUGGAUGUAUGACCCCACCAACCUGACUUUUCAGAAGUUUGUGAUGAAUGCCUAUCCCACAAUUACUCCAUUGGUACAAAUCAGCUUUGAUAAUAGAAUAAUUACUAUGCUGAAAAACAGACAGUAA